AUGUCAACCAAGUCCGAUGGUGAUUCUACACUCAAAAAUUGGGUUUGGGUACCCAAUGAUAAAGACCUAUUCACGAAAGGAUACAUUACAGACUACCUAGGAAAUGGGAGAUGUGCAGUAUCGGUUGUCUCUCUCGAUAAUACCAACCAUGUCGAGUCGAAUGUUGAAAUUGACCAAUCAAAAUUAGAAAACUGCAAUCCUGAAAAGUUCAACAAAUGUGAAGAUAUGGCCGAACUCACGCAUUUAAAUGAGCCAUCAGUUGUCUACAAUUUGUAUUUGCGGUAUAUGGAUGACUUGAUUUAUACUUAUUCGGGUUUAUUCUUGGUGGCCAUCAACCCUUAUAAACUGUUGCCAAUUUACGAUGAUUCCAUGGUACGAAAAUUCCGUAAUCAGCCCACGGAUAAGGAAUCGCCGCAUAUAUUUGCCAUUGCUGAAGCAACGUAUCGAAACUUGUUAAGCAACAAGAGGGAUCAAAGUAUAUUGGUCACUGGUGAAUCGGGGGCCGGUAAAACGGAAAACACCAAAAAGAUUAUCCAAUACCUUUCAUCUAUAUCCACAGCAUCACUGAAUGAUGACAACACGUCGAAAACCGAUCACAUUGAUGACAAAAUAUUGCAAGCAAACCCAAUUUUGGAAAGUUUUGGUAACGCAAAAACAAUAAAGAAUAACAACUCAUCAAGGUUUGGAAAAUUCAUCCAAAUAUAUUUCGAUUCCGCUGGGGACUUGGCUGGAGCAAAUAUUGAUUACUACUUGUUGGAAAAAUCAAGAGUGGUACACCAAGCCGAGGAGGAGAGAAAUUACCAUAUUUUCUACCACUUUAUCAAAGGGUACGAGGGUUUGUCUAGUCUCGGGUUAAACAAAGAUGUAUCAACAUACGAGUAUUUGAACAAGGGGGUGACUAGCAUACCCAACGUUGACGAUUUCAAGGAAUUCAACUUGCUCGUAGAGGCGUUCAAGACUGUUGGUUUUUCUUCACAAGAGAUGCAAUUUAUAUUUCAAAUCUUGGCUAUUAUUUUGCACUUGGGAAAUUUGCAAUUCACUUCCUGGAAGGCCGAGCAAGCUAGCUUCACCAAAGACUCUCCAAUUGACAAGAUUGCCGAACUUUUGACAGUGGAUGUUUCCAAGUUAAAAGAAAGUUUAUUGAAGCCAAAAGUCAAGGCUGGGAGAGAGUUUGUUACCAAAUCCAAAAAGGCAGCAGAAGUUAAAUUUGCCAUAGAUGCAUUGGCUAAAUACUUGUAUGAAAAGUUGUUUCAACUCAUUAUAAAGAAGAUCAACUUGAAUUUGAAUAGUGAUGAGUUUAGCCUGGGAGAUUUAAACAUCGGAGUGCUAGACAUAGCCGGAUUUGAAAUCUUUGACAGCAACUCAUUUGAGCAGUUAUGUAUCAAUUAUACAAAUGAAAAGCUCCAACAGUUUUUCAACCACCAUUCAUUCAUACUAGAGCAGAGUGAAUAUCUACGAGAGAAUAUCCAAUGGGAAUUUAUUGAUUUCGGCAAAGAUUUGCAACCAACUAUUGAUCUUAUCGAAAAAAGAACCCCAAUGGGGAUUUUAAAGUUACUUGAUGAAGAAUGCAUGAUGCCCAAAUCGUCAGACAAAAUGUUUAUGGACAAGUUGAGUGCUAAUUUUGCUGGCAAGAAUAAAAAAUUUUCCGAGAACAAGUUCAAAAAUGGAUUUAUUGUUCAACAUUAUGCCGGCAAGGUUGAGUAUAAUGUAGAGAACUGGUUGCAAAAGAACAAGGACCCUGUGAGUGAUGGAAUUUUGCAGUUGCUCCUUUCUGAAAGCAAAAACAAGGCCCUUCGAGAAUUAAUGAGUGAUGAAACAAGUUACAAUCAACAGCUGCAAGCACUGCCACUGAAGACUUCAAACGGACCAAAGAUGAUGCAAACGGUGUCACAGAAACAUAAAAAUCAAUUGAAGGACUUAAUGGAUCGAUUGGAGACAACUGAGCCUCAUUUUGUUAGAUGCAUUUUGCCCAACUUGGAUAAAAAGGCAAGGAAGUUUGAUAGAAAUCUAGUGCUUAGCCAAUUAAGAUGUAAUGGUGUUUUGGAAGGUAUCAGGAUCACACGUGCAGGAUACCCAAACAAAUUGACGUUUGAUGAGUUCUUCCACAGGUAUUCGAUCAUCGGUGAUAACUUUCAAAUGACAAAGAAUACAAAGACCAAUUGCGAACUCAUAUUGAAAGAAUCUGGUUUGAGUCAAGAUACGUUCAAGAUCGGACUUACCAAAAUUUUUUUCAAAAAUGGUAUUUUAGGUAAGUUGGAGACAAAACGGGAUAUCACAUUGAAGGGAAUCUUGACCGAUUUACAAAGACGUAUUCGGGGCAAUAUGACUAGGGUCAAUAUACGUCAGCAGAUAAAAGAGCUUCAAUCUUCACGGAUAAUAGCCAAGACAAUGAACCAGGUUUACGAAGCGAAAACCAAUAACCCGUGGAUGACAUUGUUUUAUCAAAUGAAGCCUUUACUUGAGGAGUCAGUUCAAGUUAUGGAUAUGGCUGAAGUGCAAAACAACUUGAAAGAGGUAACUGUCAAAUUGAAGGAUUCUGAAAAAUUGAAUAAGGGGUUGGAGAAUGAUAAUGUCAAAUUGCGCGAUUCUUUAAAAACAUUAGAGGACGAAAUAAUGGCCAACAAUGACAUCAUUAAACAAAAGGAUCAUCAAUUGCAAACCUUGCACACUGAGAGUAAGAACUCCAAGAAAAAGAUAGAGGAGUUAGAAACAACCAUCAGAGAGUUGAAGGAAUCUAACCGUGUUUUAACAAAUGACCUGAAAAAAUUGAGCAAUCGUUUGAAAGAGUUGCACAAUGAUUUCGAAGCCAGGUCGAAAGAAUUGGCUCUGAGGCAAACAGAGCACAGCUCUGCUCAGAGUGAGUUGACAAAAUUGAGAGUUCAACUUGAGAAAGUUGAAUCGGAAAGGUUGAAACACGUUUCAAAACUUGAUGAAAUGGAAAGCAAGCACGAAAGGCAGACUUCCACCUGGGAGCGCAAAAUCAAAGAGUUGCAGAGUGAGGUUGAACGGUUACAGCUGGAAGCUUCUAAUCAUGAACUGAAGGUUCGAGAUUUGACCGCAAAGGCAUCGACUCACGAAAAGCUUGUGCUGGCGGAAGGUAAAUACCAGCAAGAAAUCGCCGCCUUAAAAUCAACCAUCCUGGAAUUGGAAAAACGGUAUGCUGAACAAAGGGAAGAGAUCAAGUCGAUGAAAUCUCAAAUGAGCAAAGAUGAAUUGAAAAAGUCAAAGUACGAAGAAAAGAUUGAAGAAGCUAAGGAGAAAGUCCUGGUAUUGAAGCUGAGAGUUGAAAGCAAGUCGAGUGAAAUAGAUCGAUUACAAAAGGAGGUGGAUUCAUUGAAGUUGCAAUUGUCAACAACAAAGCGAGAUUUGGAGUCACUGAAACAGACUGAGAUGACAUUAUCACAAAUCAAAUCCAAGGAAGAAAGCAGCUUACGAGAGAUUGAAAUGAUGCAGUCCAAACUUUCCGAAUCAACUACCAAUCACAAACAACUCAGCAAUGAUUAUGAGGAACUCAAGUUUGAAUUACAAAAAGCUCAGAAAGCUAGAGAUGAGUACAGUUCAAUGGUGUCCGAGAUGAAUGGUAAAUUGCAAAGACUUGAGCAAGAUUAUAAAUCGAUUGAACUGGAGAAGGAGAACCAACCUCCAAAUCGUCAAAUAAUGGAGGAAUUCACUCAUAUGAAAUUGAAAUUGAAUGAGCAGAAUGCAGCAUUGAGAAAAGAGAAAUUCGAGAAUAAGAAAUUGAUUGAGGAAUUGGGUCUAAUCAAGGAGAGGAUUAUGAAUGGUUCUUUGACGAGCAGUGAUAUAACGCCAAAGAGAAGAUCUCUAGCUAUAGGCGAGAGGGUAACUGGUAGUGUGGAGGCCUUGAACAAGGAAAUUAACAAUUUAAAAUUCAGAUUACAACAGGAACAAAGUAAUUAUCAGCGAGCCGAAAAUUAUGCUAUCGAGUUGCAGAAAAAAUUGAACAAGGUGCAAUCGAGUCGUGGUUUGAAUAGCUCAACCGAUUAUGAGAAGAAGUUUAAAGACUCCCAAGGGCGAGUUGCUCAUCUCGAAAAGCAAAUUGAGGGCAUCAUUUCUAAUGAUUCAACAAGCGCAGAAAGCUCUCCUUCAAACGAUUGGACUGUGUCAAGAAGCGAAAGUUUUGGUGGUCAACUCGCAUUCAAGGGGGUUAGCGCAGAUUUUAUUCAAAUGUAUCAAGACAUCAACAAGACUUUAAGAUCUACUCGUGACGAAUUGGGUACCUCUAAAGCGGAGAUCUUACGGUUGAAGGCUUUGCUCAGGGAGUCAGAGGAUGAGUUGUAUCAAGUGAAGCACGAAAAGUUCAAGAGCUCGAUGAAGAACUUUGAAGAGGAAAUUGCACAUUUGAAAGUAAAGCAUGAUAAUGUUUCCAUUCGAAACCAGGAAUUGAUUCACGGCUUGGAGUUGUACAAGAAGCGGUCUGAUGAGUAUUUUAAGAAAUUGGAGUUGGCUGAGUCUGCUGUCACCAUAUCCAAACAUCAAGAAGAACUGGCGCGGAGAGAAGUGAAUGAGUUGAGAAGUCAGUUGAGGUUGGCAAAGGAAGAGGCGAGAACCUCGCAAAUCAUGCUCAAGGACUGCAAUUCAAAAAUUGAAAGUUUGGAACAAACAAUUCUGGGAAAUGCACGUGUAAUGGAUGACAACAAGAUACAAAUUAAACAGUUGGAGGAGAAGUUGGCGUAUCAUGUCAAGAAUUAUGAAAAUAGAGAAACGACAGAACAGUUGAAAGAGGAGUUGAGGAACUUGCACAAAGAUUUGAACUUCAAGACGCAGACGGAAACUACGUUGGUGAAGGAAAACAAGAAGCUUCAGUUGGAUCUUGAAGAAGCAGUAUUGGUUAGAAACAACAUCCAAAAGGAAAUGGAGGAGAUGCUGUUACAAGAAGAGGAAUUGGAACAAAAAAUAAUCAAUUUAACCAACUCUCUGAGGCAACUUGAAAAUGACAAGAUUUUGAAUGAACGCAAAAUUGCUUCCUAUUCGAAACAAAUCACUGGUUUGAAGGAGUUGGUUAGUGAGGUGACCCAAGAGAAAGAGAGAUUGAUAGAUGAAAGGGAGCGAUUACAGGACGAAUUGUUCAAGGUCAAUCUCAACCUUGAAAAUCAAACUGUUGCUUUAGAUCAAAGUAAAUCUGAAGUGGCCUUCCUCAAAAACCACUUGGAAAACCAACGUCAAGAUGCAGAGGCAGUGAGGUCGGAGUUGAGCCAGUCGAAAAUGUCAUCGACUUCGGAUUACCGUGAUCAACAAAAGAUUAGAAACGACCUACUUGUGUCCAAUGAAGAGAAUUACUCUCUCAAGAAAGCCAACGAAGAAUUAAAUCGAAAAGUUCACAAAUUGGAGGAGAAGUUGUACAGCAAUGACCAAAUCAAGUACUUGGAAUCUAGAGCCGACUCAUUACAAAAAGCUUUGGAUAGUUCAUUACAGAAGCAACACGAUUCUGACAAAACAAUCAAAUCUUUGGAGAGGAAAAUCAAGUCGUUGGAGACGAGGGUUGAACACGAAUCGCAGUUGAGUAAACGCUAUAAUGAUGAAAAUUUCGAUUACCAAAACAAAAUCAAUCAUUACAAAGUUGCUGUUGAUUCGUUGGAUCAUGAAAACAUUGAAAAGGAUUUGCAAUUGAAAAACAUGGAGGAGCAGAAUAAUCAAUUGAAGGAAUCAAUGUUAAUGUUGCAGAAGGAAAACUUGGAAUUGAGGGAAAGAUUGAGCAUGUCGUAG